AAACAAGGUCUGGUUUAGUUUCCUAGGGCACAAUAAGUGGUCGCCGGUGAACCGAAGAGUAAGAUGAUGGAGAAUCGCUGCAAAUUCUGGGUUGCCAAAAAGAACAGAUUCUGUUCAAACUCUCCUUUCAAAAAUUCCUUGUUUUGUGGCAAUCACACUCCAAGGACCAAUGACCAGUGGAUUCCAUGUCCGAUUGACCCUUCUCAUUGUGUGCUUCAGGAAAACAUGGGAGGACAUCUAAAGAGAUGUCCUAUACUCAAACAAGCUCAAUCAUUGAGCACCCAACCUUUUUACCAAAAGGGUGUCAAUGCAGGCAAAGAAGAUGAACAACAAGGACAGGAAACCGUGGAUGUAACCUCUGAAAUGAAGAGAAAUGCUGUUUAUAGCUUGAACAUAUCCGAAUUCUUCCAGGUUAUUAGAAAGAUUGAGUCGGUUCAUGCACGAAUCUGUAAUGAUAUUAAAGAAUCUUAUAAGAUACCUGAAGCUUGUGGCUUAUGGAUUAAGGGAGAAGUAGACAGGAAUGUGCCAUUUCAAGAGAAGCAUGUAACACAACAGGCGUCGAUUCUUGGGAACUUGGAAGAGUUUGGGGUUUUGGAAAGGGUUGUUGUCAAGGGAGAAAAGUUUGAAUUAGUGGAGCUAUCUGAAAAUAGCAAUGGUGUUCCUGCAGUGGUUGAGUUUGGAGCAGGGAGAGGAUACUUGACACAAAUGCUUGCAGAUUGCUAUGGUAUUAGAAGGGUAUUUCUUGUUGAGAGAAAGGCAUACAAACUUAAGGCUGAUCGGUCUUUGAGACAGAAAGAGAACUUGAUAUUAGAACGUUUGAAAAUCGACAUUGAGGAUCUGAACUUGAAUGCUGUCAAGUCAUUGCAAGGACUUCCUUAUAUAGCUAUUGGUAAACACCUCUGUGGCCCUGCAACUGAUUUGACGCUCAGAUGCUGCCUGGUGAAUGAAAGGAAUGUCGAACAAUGUGGAAGUAAUUGUCACCUGAAAGGUCUUGCCCUAGCAACAUGCUGCCACCAUCUUUGCCAAUGGAAACACUACAUAAAUAAGAAAUACUUAACAAGUUUGGGUAUCGGCAAGGAAGAAUUCCAUGCAAUCACAUGGUUUACCAGCUGGGCGGUGGAUGCUGAUCAUGGUUCAGAUCUUUCUGACGUUAUCGAUUUCAAAUUGCAUCCAGAAUCAAUUGAAAAGGAAGAAUGUGCUGAGGAUGCAAACGGAGUCGAAGCCAUUGCGAGGAGUAUGAAAGCUAUCGAGAGAGCAAAGUUAGGUUUUAUGUGCAAACAGAUAAUUGAUAUGGGAAGGUUGAUGUGGCUCAAGGAACAUGGACUCGAAACUCAGCUUGUUAAGUAUGUUCCAUCAAGCGUAUCGCCAGAAAACCAUUUACUAAUUGCCAGACAUGUCGAUCAUUUCUAAGUUGCCAUGGCAUUUUUUACCCUCAUUUCAACUGAAACUUAGAUAAAAAAAAAGCCU